CCAGCAUAUACUAGACCAAAAUAAUAAAGUACCGUAUAUUUUAUCGCAAGAAAUGGAACAAAAACUGUAAUUCUGGGUAUUGGCUCUCUUAAUAAUAGCGAUGAUAUUGUAUUAAAUUAUUAAUCAAAAUUCAAUCUAGAAUCAAAGAAUCUAGAUCGAUUCCAGACCCAGUCGAUUCCAUGACGAAGAAGUCUCGAAAAUCUAUCCAAACAUUCGAGCCUGCAAGUUCUUCGACCUGCGAUGAGUCGAUGAGCGCGGCGCAGUGCGUGAGGCCUGAGCACUGAACACCCGGAGCAGCCACGCUUGACAAUCGACCCGUAUCGUACUGAUGUCUGAUUCGUUGUGCUAGCGGCUAGGCAUGAGUCGUACACUCAGCGCACUGCUGAACUCAAAGUCUCACCAAGUUCAACGAAAAACAGGAAAGUGAAAUUAUUGACAUUCUUAAUUCUUCUGCUGCUCUGAUCUUGGAAUGUUUUGGGAAACGAUAAGUUGUAAUUUAAUCAAACGUUUUUGUGAUCGAAGGCCCGCAAGUAGUAGAACAAUCGGCGGAACCAGGUAGGGAGAAACUGGUAGCCGCCGUAAUACUGCAACGGAGACAGCACAAGUUGAAGUGCGUAUGUAUCACUGAUAUCAGAUCUUGAUUCUUGCCUCGGGAAAUAGGCCUUUCUAACGCAAUGGGUGCGGCGGCAGUGGAGGGAAAUACAGUGAAGAGGAACUAAAGGCAUACGCAGUUCUCAGAAGGGGCACGAUGACGCGAUGAUCUCCACUGUUCACGAGCACUCCACUUGCAGGCUGGCCAUGGUGCAGAAUCUCUAUCCUGGGACGGUGCCCCCUCGCCACAGCCUAACCGAGCUCGUGUCUAGUUCAUCGGGAACAGGAAAUCCUGUGGCGGCCCCCACCAGCAGCCAGGCGCACCAGCUGCAGCCGCUGCCCUCCUCCCAUCCGCAUCCGCAGCCCGGCAGCAUGUCCACAGCAGCGCGCCAGCGACCCGCGCGUCCCCUGUCCAACUCGCGGCUGUCCAGCGCCGCGGCCCUGGCCAACUCCCUCUCCAUCGGGCGCAACAUCGAGCGCGUGCUGGAGGACUGCGCCCACACAGGCCGACUGAACCUCAGCGGACGCGGCAUGAAGGAGCUGAGUUGCCCCUCGCCCAGCAAGUACAAUCUCAUCGACACCGUCACUGCAGAUGUUUCGCGCAACCGCUUGAGCGAGCUGCCUGACAGUCUGCUGGAGCUGGUCUUUCUCGAGUUCCUGGACUGCCGGGAGAAUCUCUUGAAGAGUCUGCCUAACGACAUCAUGCGUUUGCGAUGCCUGGUUCACCUGGACCUCAGUCGCAACUUGCUGUCUUCCUUGCCCGCGGUCAUCUGCAAGCUGCCCGCACUGGAAAUCCUCCUAGUCAGCCACAACCGACUGCAGUCACUGCCGGAAGAAAUGGGAUCUCUCCAGUCGCUGAUGGACUUGAACGUCAGCUGCAAUCAAUUGACGCACUUGCCCGCUUCGCUCUCCCGCUUGUCGGCGCUGCGCUCGCUGGAUGUCCGCAAGAAUCUCCUGCAAGCGCUGCCCAAUGACGUGGCCAAAUUACGGCUGAUUCGUUUGGAUGUAUCGCAGAAUCUGUUGACGUCACUUCCGAGUAGUUUGCGGUCGAUGACUACGCUGGAGUACCUGCAUGUGCUGGACAACCCGUUGGACUGUCCAUCUAUGCAGGUCUGCAGCCGGGGACAGAUCCACAUUUUUAAAUGCCUGGAGACCGCCACGCACAAGGGCGGGCCUUAUCUCAAUGGUGAACUGCGCAGAUCCAGCCGCAGUGAAAACGCCAGUCGCGACCGGAAAGAACUGGCUAACCGAAGUGUGGAUCGCGAGAUGAGCGAGUACGCGUGCCCCUCGUCGCUGAUCCCGGUGGCGGUGCCCAUCAACAAGCACGUGCUGGCGGCCGAUGUCCGCAGCAGCAGUAUGGGUGGGCCGAAGCCCAGUCGGCCGGUGGCUAACGGUGUCAGCGCUCCUCCUCCCCCGCGAAGCUUCAGUCUGGAGUUGCCCAGUGUGGAAUCUCGUGAAGACGUAGCCGCAAACGGGAAAGAACAUCCGGAAAACUCGGUUGGACACGCGACUGCCACCCGGGUGGCGUGCGUCGACGAGCCGGAAGCGGCGCAUCUGGAUGGAGUAACCGCGGCAGUGGCCAAUGGGAAAUUGAGCGAAGAGGCGUCCAGUCUGGUUAUGGUGGACGCCAGUCCGGAGAAUGGGCUUCCGCCGGCGCAAGUGGCUGCUGAGGACGCCGGGGCUGCUGUGAAUGGCGGCGUGUUGCCGCUGGCUGCUAGCGGGGAUGAUCAUGCCGUGUUCAAGAAGCCGGCAGCAGUUUCGCAGAUUCCCAGAAAAAUCUCACCCGGACAAACCAGCAGCGGGCGCAACAUUGGAAAAGGCGGACCGAAGAGCGUCGUGGCCAGUGGGCGACCGCGCACCGGCUCCGGUUCGGGGACCGUCUCUAGCAGCAAUAGUUCGCAGGGGAAUGGCAGUGCGAGGGAGGCAGCGCAUCCGGAUCACAAGGGACUGCGCAGCAAAGAGGCCAGCCUGGACGACAAGAGCUCCAGCGCGGUGUCGACGCCGCAGACCUACCCCAGUCCGGUCCCGGAGAAGGAGGCCGCGGCCGGCAAGACCGACCAGAUUUCUCCCAAAGGGAAAGCCCCAGCUGCCCCUUCGAAGAGUGCCCGAACGAUGACGAAGCAGAAAUCGGCUGGCUCCGCUGCGGUGAACGGUGCGGGCGAUGCGUCCGCCGUGUCCAGCGCUCGCAAAGCGUCCUUGCCUUCCGGCAGCAGUUCGACUGUUGCUGUGGCGGCUGCCAAGUCCGCAGUCACUGCGCCCGAAUAUAAUUCUAACUUCACCAUUCGCCGUCAGCAGGAACAAAUGAGGGAGGAGAACGAAAAAGUGCAAGUACUGCGCAAGUAUUUGGAGAGCCGGCUGAAAUUGCGCUUACCGGACGACUUGUUGGGCGCGUUGCAAGACGGGGUGAUCCUGUGCCACCUGGUCAACCACAUCCGGCCCCGCAGCGUCAUCAGCAUCCACGUGCCCACGCAGACGCAGUCGGCCUCCUCCUCCCUGUCCGCCAGUGCCACGCCGCCCAAACUGACGCCCGCCAAGUGUCGCCGCAACGUGGACAACUUCCUCGAUGCCUGCCGCCGUCUCGGUCUUUCCGAAAACGCUGUGUGCUCCUCUGACGCUAUCCUUUCACCUAACCGCUACUACCUUAACGCUUUUCCCUCUGCUGCUCCCGCUGCUUCCUGUUCGCAUGCAUCUGCGCUGCCGCUCUCAGACGGCGUCCCGGGCCUCGCUGACGAAACUCCGCCCGAGGCAGGCGGCGCUGAUGGGUGCGGUCACUGCGGUGCUGGUGCCCUGGGGGAGAUGUUGUUGUCGCUCAUGCGCCUGGAUCUGCAGCUGCAGCUGGACGGGUCCAGUUCGAAUCGACCGGCCGCAUCGACUGAUUCGACUCAUGCCGCUACCGGCGCAGUGGCAACUGGUCAGCCUCGGCAGCGGAACAGGGAUAGUCUGUACGCUGGCUUGCUGCUUGUGAUGUACGUUGUGGCGGCGCUUUCCUACCUUCUCUACGUCUCUGGCUACUCCUUCUCAUUGUGAUGCCGUCGCGCUGUCCUUUCAUGUUCAUGUGAUCUGCUGUGCAGUGUGCAUGCUGCUGCUUUCCGCGAGUGUUCCUCUUUGCUGAUAAUAUGAUCGGCGUGCGUCAUCCGCGUAUAGAAUAGAAGUACGGCUUUUUCGCCACAUUCGAAUGCUGCGUUCAGAGGCAGUUGUACUCGUGAUAUGGGCAGCGGAUAGUAGUCUUUUUUUGUUAGUUGUGACUUGUGAGUGACCGGUCGCUGGUGGCAGCUUGUUUUGGCUGGGAGUGGGAAUAAUAUUGUAUUCACUUUUACUGCUACAUGUACACCAGUGACCAGACUAUAUAAAAAAAUGAAAUACAGUAGUCUGAAAAUGCUCUAUAUAUAUAUAAAAUCAUAUACAGUAGUCUGAAAAUGCAACUACCAUUAAUUAAGGCUUCGAAAACUUCGUACAAACAACAAAAUUGAUGGGCAGUAGAAAAAGGUUUAUUCUGGAAAUGUCGAGCAGGAGGAUGUAUAGUUGAGGCAGUGACAUUUAAUAAGUAAAGGAAGUGGCGUUGGAUGCUGCAUUAGCACUAAAAGUACUCGUACAAGUGUCUAUAUUUCACGUUUGAUUUAAGUGAUCUAUGUGGCGUUUUUCUAAACAUUGUGGAAGCUUGUCUCUUGGUUUCUAACUUGCAUCGGUCUGGUUCCAAGCGACGCAUUUACACUUAAAUUAAUUCUUAAUUCUCCAGUAGACGUAAUGCAGAGAAAGUCGGUUUUCAUGAUGAAAAUCCAUAAGGAAAAAUUGAGAAUUUUUGACAACUUUCAAGGUAAAUUGGCAUUAUGCACUGUAUGCUGGUGCACCGACCGGUUGCGAUUGCUCUGAGCACCGGAAGUCCCUGAAUUUUUUUCAUUUGAAGUGUUCAGUUGAGAGAUUUUUAAGCAUAAAUUAUGUUAGGCAGGAUAGUGAUUUCCAAGGAAAUACGUCCGAAAUCGUUCGUAUGCGCUGAGAGUGUGUCUAGACAGUCUAGUUGCAGCGACUCUACACGGCUGUCAGAAAGUCAGAAUAGUGCGGCUUUACCUUCUAGUAACAUAAAUGCACUUCAUCUGCUGAAGCUGCAAACAAGCACAAGUUUGUACGUAUAGAGUUGACCAGGGCCAGCGAUGUGGCGGUGCGGCGGUGACCGGCCAGCAGCG